ACAAGGUUACGAGUGGUUCUGAAAAUGUGAACCCUGCAUGUGGUUUCAAGCCAAUAACAGACGUUGAAAUGGAUAACAAUGCCAAGCUGAACAUGAAAGAUGCAGAGAUGUUGUUGAUAAUGGAAGCUUUGGUAAAAUGCUGAAGGAAACGCAUGAAAUUGCAAAGGACGAUCCUGCGACUGUUAUGGUUAAGGAACCCAUUGUGAAACCACCUAAAUCUCCAAGGACUGAAAAUCCAAUGAUAAGAAACCAUCAGUUGGUUGGUGACGACUUCCUGAUGUACUUGGCCUUUAGGAACUUGAGGGGUGUCAUGAGGAAGGGAUUCCCAGAGACAAAUUCUCUUUACUGUGGAUUUUGUUUCUCGGGAGCAACCACACAUAAAGCAAUUCGCUACUUGCGAGACUUCAAGGACUUCAUCUGGCACAAGAAAAUUGUGAUGCUUGGUCACAUGGACAUUUUGGAAGAGGGUUACAAUUUUGAGAAGAGCAAGUACAACAUGAGUGUGAUCUUGGAAGACCUUUACUGGCAAGGAACCAAGACCAAAGUACUGACCUUGCCAUUUUUGGACCAUCACCCUGGUUCAGAGAAGUACAUUCAUGAGUGGAAUAACUGGAUUCGCACUCUGACUAAGAAAGACUAUGUUGAGGAAGUGCUUGAUUUGGAGAAGGCAAUUACCAGUGAAAUGCCUAUUCAGGACGUUUACAAAACUCACAGGCACUACCCCAGAGGAAUGAAUUUCACCAUUGGAAUGUGGUCUCAUUCGACCAGAGCUUACAUCCAAAAGUUUCUCCAUGAAAAUGCUGGAAUUCGUUAUUAAUUAACGAAUGUCUUCUCAAAAGCCAUGUUUAGUUCUAUAGUUUCCUUCACUCACCUAAGGUUGUGUGUUACUCUUAUUUUAUAUUACACAUAGUUUUACCAAAAAGCAUUAAUUGAAAUGGUGGGACUUACGUUUAUGAAAACUAUUACAUUUCAUCCCAUUCUUAAUUUCUUUGGAAAUUUAAUAAUUUUCCAGAUUAUUGAACUGAUUCUGUUAAAAAGCUUUAUGUAGAAAUGAAACAUAAACCUGCUAAAAUGUGGAAUAAAAUAUCUUUAGAUACAUUUACUCGUUAGUUAAAAGUAUUAAAUUUAAAUAUCUGAUACAAUUUGGAUGGAAGUAUACUUAAAAUAAAAUAGCAUGUUUUUGAUAAAAAAUCAUCCAAGAAGCUAGAUGAUUGUUUCCAAGUUGAAUUUUAUUCCUGCCAGGGGCUGCGGUGAAGGAAUGAGUUUUUCUCGAAUGGUGAGCAUAAAAUAUUAUGAAAUGUGAACAUUCUCAUAAUACACAUCCAAAUAUUCCAAAUUUAUGUUCUUAUAUUGUAAUGAAAAAACAUUGCAGAUGGCAACAAAAGUGGUUGGCCUUUUGGGCGAGUCUCUAACGUUAGAAGCUUCAAAGGAUUCUUUUACUGGCAAAGCACAUCCCAGCAAAGUUUACAGUGCAGUUGCCGACCUUCCUAAUCCUCUCUGCAAAGAGCAAUUGACAAAGUUUGCUUUGACGAAAACAAAAAAGUUCUAUUUUCCGAAGGAGAAAAACUGGCAAGGCUGCUGAAAGACCGAUUCGAGCCAGGAAAGUCAUCAGAAAAGAGAAAGUGGAAACCCAUCGAGUACACCAAAAUCAAGUGGUGUCUC